AUGUCUUCUUCGCCGCAAAAGGCUCAUAAACGACAAAAGUCGUCAGUACUGAAUACGGGCUUUUAUUUCAGCAAACAGGAGUCAUCACAAGUAUCGCCGUUGACUGCGUCAUCAUCAAAAGGUGCACCACAGAAUCAACGACAACUGCACCAACUGCACCAACUGCACCAACUGCACCAACUGCAACUGCAACAACCGAUAUUACCUCCAUUUAGCCAUGCGUCUAACCCUCCAAUUGAAGAUUCCGAGUCAUAUUCAAAUUACAACUAUCCUCUGACUGAUCUCAGUGGGAAUAGACCAAAGUCAUCUACGUCGAGCAGGCUCCAGGUAGAUUAUCAGCAUGAGACUCAACAAGGCCUUGCAACAUCAAGUUUGAAACGGGUUGCUUCUGCAGCAUUUGACCCCAGUUCAGACCAACCUCCUUCGACAUCUGCUUCCUCCAGUAACAUAGUAGGCACUAGUUAUCAUCAACCGUCUUUUUUCUACCUGGGAACAUAUUAUCAUGACCAAGUAUAUGGUAAUCAAAAUCACCAGCUACUGCUUCUGCUGCUGCUGCUGCAUUUACACCACCCUCUUCCACCUUCAACUGACUAUCAAACAUCUCAAUUUCAUCAGCCACUACCUACUAUGUUUGGAAAUAAUAGUAAUAGUGGCAAUUCUCAUGUUUCAUCAUCAUUUGCAUUCGGUACCGCCGCGUCGCAUAUCCCGCCGCCGGGACUAGUACCGGCGGUACCAGCACCACCACUGACAGCACAACCUUCUUCAUUUUCACUAUUAGAAGGCGCUGGUGGAGCUGCCAACAGCACCUCAGGUGGUAUUUCCUCAUCGUCAUCAUCAUCAUUUGCACAACCAUUUACAUCUUUGCAUUCGGGUCCAAAUACAAAACAGUUUCCUGUUCCCGGCACUUUUUCAACAUCAUCGUCUUUGGUACCCUCAGUUACACCUCAGCCUUAUGGAGGUGGCGCUGCUCCCUCAACAGUAGGACUUUCAUCUGCAUUUAGACAGCACCAAAAGAAUAAUUUGUCUAUAUCAUCGCAUCUUACUUUGUUUAAUUUAAAUAAUAACCACAAUACACCUGAUCAGCUGGACACAUCUUCUAGACGCUUAACAAAAGAAAGCAACGCCAUACUUAAUGAUUUAUUAUUCAAUUUAACUACUGUUGAUGGAUCUAACAUAAACAAUUAUCUUCUUUCGGUUAUAUAUAAAAUCAAUAUGCCCUUUCCCUUGGACGACUUUUAUAAUUUAUUAUACAACAAUGAUAGACAAAGACCAUAUAUUACCAAUUUCAAUUUUUAUCAAAAACUUGAUAAAACGCCUGUUUCGCCAAGUAGUACAGAGAUUAGUGUUCAUAUUAUCAACCUGUUGUUAAAUACUUUUAAAAACCCAAAUUCAUUCAAUGAUUAUUUCCCAAAUCAUACUGAUAAGGAAAAUAAAUUGGGCAGUAUCAAUUAUCAUGAGUUGUUGAGGACGUUUCUUGCUAUUAAAAUACUUAGUGAUAUGAUGAUUCAAUUACCGCUUACUUCAGAUGAAGAUCCUCAGAAUUAUACCAUACCAAGAUUAUCAAUUUACAAGACGUACUAUAUUAUAUGUCAGAAGUUGAUUGCAAGCUAUCCAAGUUCAUCAAAUACGACAAAUGAACAACAAAAAUUAAUCUUGGGACAAUCCAAGUUGGGCAAACUAAUUAAGAUGGUUUAUCCAAACUUGUUGAUCAAGAGGUUGGGAAGUCGUGGUGAAUCAAAGUACAAUUACUUGGGUGUGAUUUGGAAUGAAAAUAUUAUUAAUGACUCAAUGAAACAGUUGUGUGAAAAUCAUGAUAUACAAGAUUUGAGUGAAAUCUUUAGUAGUGAACAUGGAAAUAGUAGACAAAAGAUGUUCAUGACAUCAUUAGGACCAUCAUCUGCUGACUCAACUGGUUUAGGUACCCCUAAGAAGACACAUGGACACAAACGUAGCUUGUCUAAACUGAAAUUUAAACUUGGACAAGUUAGUGAGCCAUUUUCCGUGCAGGCAGAAGAAGGUGGAACCGAAGCGACUGCAACUACUGCAAUAACUUCUGCAACUACCACUACUGGAACAGGAAAAACCGCAAACACCAUUAGCACCACAACAACAAAAACAGCAAGAAGUUCAAAUUCGAUUUCUUCUCCAAGAUUAUCAUUUGUCAAACCGUUUUUGAUGUAUCCUAAUGAUAGUAAUUUCACAGUGUUGAAUCAAAAUAAGAACAAUUGGUUUCAGAUUUUACUUGAUGAUGUUUAUUCUCGUAAUCCACAAAUUGACCGUACUUUAGUUUGUGAGAUUCUUUUGAAGAAUUCAAAUUUGAGUAAUAAUCAUAGUUUGUUGAAGAACCUUGUUGUAUCAGUUAUUAGGCCAAUGCUGGAGGAUCAGAUAUUGCGAGAGUCAAAGAAUAUUGAUCUUUCAUUGUAUCUUGUUGUCAUAUUGGAAGUAUUGCCAUAUCUCCUUUUGAUUAAAGCAUCAGCGGAUAUAAACCUUUUAAAAAACUUGCGAUUGAACUUGUUACAUUUGAUUAACAAUUUGAAUCAGGAAUUGAAGGUUAUUGAUUCAGAUAAGUUCCCACUUGGCAAUUCCACCAUUUUUCUUAUUCUGUUGAAGAAACUAAUCAAUUUAAAUGACCUAUUGAUCACCUUCAUCAAGCUCAUCAACAAGAAGAAAUCUAAAACUAUGAUGUUUAACGAUAUUGAAAACUUUCUCACGAUUAACUCACAAACUAUUAAAUUGGACGACGACGAUACAGAUGGCAAUAACCAUAACUUUUUCUUCAAUUUGAAUACAACUUCAAUGGGUGAGCUUAGCUUCAAUUUUAAGAAUGAUAUUUUGUCAAAUGAUUUGAUUUAUGCAUUAAUUGGGUAUAAUUAUGAUCCUACUAUAAAUAAUGAGUUAAAGUCGUCUAUUUCAAUGAAUUUUAUAACCGAGGAGAUAAACGUUGUUGAUGAGUUUUUUAAAAACGAUUUGCUGAAGUUCCUAAGCUCUAAUUAUUAUGAAGAUGACGAGGAGAAGGGGGAAGAAGAGUCAGAAGAAUUAGAGGAAUCAAAGGAGACUAAAGAACGGCAACACAAACAUCAACGUCAACGUCAUUCCAACAUUUUGCAUGAAGAAAACAUUGAAACUCAAGUUGAUCUAACAAAUUUAUCGCCACAUAGUUCCCAUCACCAACACUCCAGUCUUGCUUCUGGUACAACCAAGUCCACAAUGACCGAUGAUCAUUCAGAGACAGUUUUAACUACUAAAGAAAUGGCCAAAUUAAACUCUUUGAUUGGAUUAAUUGACCAGAAACUACUAUCAAGCCAUUUCAAAUCAAAGUACCCGAUAUUGAUCUACAACAACUAUAUCGCUUACAUUUUGAAUGACAUUCUAAAGUACAUUUUUCUUAAACAGCAACAGACUCAAUUACAGCAACAGCAACAACAACAACAGCAACAGCAGCAACAGCAGCAACAGCAACAGCAACAACAACAACAACAGCAACAGCAACAGCAACAACAACAGCAACAGCAGCAGCAGCAGAGACUGGAUGAUAACAAUAUCCAUCUAGGCACAAGCGGUACCGAAGCGCAACUGAAGUUUCAUCUGAACCCACAAGCACUGACUAGUGAGAAUAGCUUUGGAAAUUGGUGGGUGUUUAACUCUUUUAUCCAGGAGUAUAUGAGUUUAAUGGGUGAAAUUGUUGGAUUGCAAGACUGCAUUAUGAAAGGGUAG